UCGUAAUUAUUGAACAAUCCGGACAGCACUUGAAGGCAUCACCACCGCUGUGUUUGACACUUCUAGCCGACACGAGCUAAUGUUCAGCAUGUCUGAGAAGGAGCUGGGGAAAAAGUGGGACCGAUGCUUGGCAGACAGUGCCAUUAAACUCGGUACUGGGCUGGGGCUAGGAAUCGUGUUUUCUGUUCUGUUCUUCAAACGGCACACAUGGCCGAUUUCAUUUGGCUCCGGAGUGGGACUUGGCAUGGCGUACGCCAACUGUCAGAAUGACCUGAGGUCUCAUUAUUUGCAGCACAGAAGCGAAAAGGAGUAAUAGCUGCAAGACACCGAGGGACUGUCGUUUUGUUUUUGUUGUUCUUUUUGCUAUGUUUUGUCUGUGGGAGUCACCAUUUGCACUGUUCUACAGUUAGAUCCUUAUCUCCCUGUUGAACUAUCCAUCCCUAGAAUGACUGUAUAAUUUGUAUGUGCCUAAUCAGGACAGUCUGUGUUUAUUUAAUAAAAUAAUCAUUAAAAAAAAA